AUGAACAAAUAAAAAAUUGAAGAUAAUUAUCUCAUAGAAAGAAAACUGAUUAUACUAUAUAUUCAAAGAGAUGAUGAAUUAAUAAUAAAAAGUUUUUUAGAAUUUAAAAAAAAUAAAACUAUUAUAUAAAAAUAAAAGAAGUUUGAUUUUUUUUGA